AUGAGCCAGUUGCCCGGGCCAACGCCGGUUUCCUCUUCUUCUGCCUCCUCAUCCUCAUCCUCAUCCUCAUCCUCCUCGUCACCCUUCCCCACCACGUCGUCGCCUCCGUCGCCGUUCAAGCUCAAGGCCGUGCUUGCAGACACGUCCCUUUGCGACUACCUCAACGGGGUGCUCAACACCAUCCUCUUUGUGCGUCUGUUGGGCCUUCUGGAGCCUCUCGAGAACGUGCCUCUCUCACAGCACUCGUUCCAGAACACCGUGUACCCGGUCAUCAGCGACACGUCGUCUCUGCGACAUCACUCUGGCGACGACGACUACCUUUUGAAUAGGUCCCCGCGUGAGUGGGUUGCCUCCAAGGUGGAGGCGUUGGCCAAGUCCUACAGAGAGAAAACGCACAGCAAACGCAAGUCUCAACCCCCAACGCUAGCAGACCUCUACACAAAGGUCAUCAUCGUUCUCAGGUUGUACAACGCAGGCCACCAGCAUGCCACUGGCAAAAAUCAUACCGGCAACACAGCACCGGCGGGAAAGUGCUGGGAAGCAUGGAUAAUCGAUCUCGACGUGCUAGGCAACACAGAAACGACAGCCACUACAACACAUACUAAUAUUAAUAACACCCCGGUCGCACACACGAUUGACCGGACCACCACAGUGUCCACCACAGGCACCGCCGUCGCCUCCACGGGAAAGGAGAGGGCCAAAGACACAAUCAACCUCGAAACGCUGCUCCGCUUCAGCUCAAUGGACAGCGAAUCCCGGACCGAUGCCAUGCAGACGUCCUUCCGGUCGAACAUGUUCCACAUCAUCGAAUGCGCAGACUCCAACUGUGACAGCAUCCCUAGCGUGAGAACACAAUCAUUGAACCCCUUCCUGAUCAAAACAGAGUUCCAGAUCAAACCAAACAUGUACAGCAACAAUAAGAACGACAAUGAUACCAGUAAUAACUUGCCGGGAGAGCUAGAGUUGGACUUCAACUCUCUGAACAUCUCCUCGAUAACCGGCGACUCCGGCCUCAGCCACGAGAGCAUCGAAUACAUAAACACCACCGAAAACGGAGACGUGGUCAUUAGCAGCGGCAGCGGAAGUGGCAGCGGCUCAAAGUCCGACAAUGACACCUAUGCAAAUAAGGACAAGGAAGAUUUGUGGAAAAAUGGGUAUAACUUUUUUAAAAAAAUGUUAGAAUAA